AUGGAUCCCGGACGACGUGCUAUGAUUAAUGGCCGUAAGUCACCCCCUCGUCGCGAUAUCACAUCUCCUAGACGAGAUCUCAAUAAUAGAAUCACCAAGCCAUCGCGACCGACCUCGAACAAACCGACGAAUUCUACCACCCAAAAUUGGCUUAGUCAAGAUGAGCAAUCUCAACAAUUCGUCGCAGAUGAAGACAAGUUCGUUCUAAAACAGGCCAAGAAGAAGGCAGAUAUUCGCGUUAGAGAAGGACGAGCAAAACCUAUCGAUCUCCUUGCAUUCAAUCUACGAUAUAUCGAUACGGACCGCGAUGUAUUUGACGAUGACGAUGCCGACGCUAAUAUUGAUGUGCCUCCACCUAGCACCGUUAUAGAAGGGCUGAAGGAGUCUGCUCUUGACGAACUAGAUGCUGAUAUUACGCCGUACCUGACUCUUGAAACGAAUAAGAGGAAUCAAGCAUACUGGAAGGCACUGCAGACGCUUUGCACCGAUAGAAGACAGCGGCUUAAACCUAUGGGUCCUGAGGAGCGCGUUGUCAAUUCUGUCAGCGCCGACGUGGAUAAAAUACUGGGUCCCAAGAAUCUCGAGCAGUUAGAGAAGCUAGAAGGCCAGAUACAGGCCAAGCUGCGUUCGGAUGAGGUCAUGGACACAGAUUACUGGGAACAACUACUCAAGAGCUUGCAAAUCUUUAAAGCAAAAGCUAAGCUUAAGAACAUCUGCGAGGAAAUUAGAGAAAGUAGAAUAAAGUUAUUGGGGGAUCAGGAUCCUGAAAAGGCAAAAGAGCUCACAGAAUCCGAAUCAUCUGGGAGUACCGCUCAUGCUGGAUCAAAAGAGAUAGCGACGACUUCUGCUCCAAAGUCAAAACCUAAUGCGGCAUUUGUCUCGGCUACCAGUAACCCGACCAGCGCACCACCUCCUGGUACUGCCAGAUUCGCGACGAGCGAAAAUGAAGACUUCUCCCAAGCUACCAAGGCUCUAUAUGAGCGAGAAGUUGCUCGAGGGAUCAGCGAGAAUGAGGAGAUAUUCACAGCUGAAGAGACAGUUCCAAGUGGUACGAAACCGCAGUGGGCAGAUAAAUACAGGCCUCGUAAACCGCGGUAUUUCAAUCGAGUGCAGAUGGGAUACGAGUGGAAUAAGUACAAUCAGACGCAUUAUGACCACGAUAACCCGCCUCCAAAAGUAGUUCAAGGUUAUAAAUUCAACAUAUUCUAUCCUGAUCUCAUCGACAAGACGAAAGCACCCACAUUCAAGAUCAUUCGUGAGCACGGAAGAAGGAGAGGCGAAUCUUUUGCGCCGGCAGGGGAAGAAGAUACCUGCUUGAUUCGUUUUAUUGCUGGGCCGCCAUACGAAGAUAUUGCCUUUCGCAUUGUCGACCGGGAAUGGGACUAUAGCGCAAAGAAGGAUCGCGGAUUUAAGAGUAGCUUCGACAAGGGGCUCGAGGAGAACGAGCAAGAGUCAGAGAAGGCAGAUGGCCCUUAUGCGCAACUAAUCCAUCAGGCUUUCAUGAGCCGGCGCACACGCGCGAUGACGCUACAGGAGAUCUAUCAGUGGUUUCGUGAGAACACGGACAAGGAAAAGACAGACAAGGGGAACAAACGCAAUGGAUGGCAGAAUAGUAUCCGGCAUAAUCUCAGCAUGAACCAUGCCUUUGUCAGACGCGAACGAAAAGCGAGUUCCGAUGACCCUCUAAAUGGGUCGGGAGAGGCAAAAAAGAUAUCACAAUGGGUUCUAGAGGAAUGGGCUGUAGAUGGCGUACAAAGUACGACGCGCUACCGCAGUAAGGGAACUUCUAAUCGUCGCGCCAAGUCCAGAAACGCCUCGCGGACGAACGCCCAUACUUCAGCGCGCGCCGUGUCCGGUCGCAAGGGUGGGAAGAAAGCGGCAGCAAGCAAGAGGGCGAUUCUAGGUCGACAAAACCCGGGCCCUAUAUUCACACCGGGCAACAGCAGUAAUCACCUUCAGGGACAAAUGCAAAAUGUCGUCUACGAGGGGAUGCAGUAUUCUCUUCCUACCCAUACAAGAGACGAGCCGAUAACACCCCCCGAUCCUAGUCACGAGAACAUGAUGUUAGCGUCGAAUACAAUACAAUCGAUGGUAUUGCCGACAAAUAACGCAAAUCAUGAAUUCUCCUUCGGGCCUAACGUUGCUCAGUACAGCCAGACCGGCCAUCAAAAUAUGUACGCUCUUGAGAACGUGACGGGGCUAUACCAAGGCCACCAAGCACCUAUGAACGUACAUGGGGGCCAAGGACUGACAACAACGAUGCAUACUGAUUUCAACCCCAUAUUUGAAGACCCUGACGACAACCGCAACAACAGGCUUUCAUAUCCUUAUUGGGGCCAGCCGGUACCAGGUGGUCAAUUCCAGCCAUAG